GACAGUGUCCUGUAGGUGGCAGGGCGGGGCGUUUGUGUUUUGUUCUCGUGUAGAGAGAGAGCAGAGCAGCAGCUGCUUCAGUCUUCAGUCAGGGAAGUGUUGUCUUCUCCUUUAGUCUGGGCACAAAGAAACUUUUUUGCUUGUUUCAUCGCCAAAACAGGGACUUCUGGUAAGUCUUAGACAUUGUUUGGAGGUUUUGUUUUGCUUUUAUACAUUACAGCAACUUCCGAUUUCUUGACAGUCUGAUGAUGAAACUAGCUUGCAGAUAAAGCACAUUUAAGAGUGCAUGGGUCUGCACACACAAUAUGAUUAAUUUUCUCAGUUUUGCAGGAUAUUCUGUAUUGUAGAGGACGUGUUUAAAUAAAGAUAUGUGGUGUCGUUUGGAGAGGCAGCUAUUUACCCUGAGGAUAAGCUAACGCGACACAAAACAAGUCCUCCUUUGUCGUCUCCUUACCUGUCUGUUUUACGACCCUCACAGGUGUGCUGGGACAUGUUUGCAACAGCGACCAGAAACUUUGUGGAGGAGGUGGAUAAUGGAGGUUUGUUAAUCCCGGUGUCGAGCCUGAAUGACACCAUUAAACUCCUGACUGUUGUGGUGAAGCGCAAGAGUUUCUGGAUUUGGCAGAAGCCCAAAUAUAUUCCCACAGAUUUUAACCUCAAUGAUAUCCUAACAGGAGACACACCCAUAACGCCAGGUAAGAGCUGAUCAUAAAUAUAUAUAUAUGUAUAUAUUUCUUUUAUUUUCUUUUAUUCCUUUUUCUGUGUAAAGCACUUUUUUGCUACAUGUUGUGUAUGAAAAGUGCUAUAAAAUAAAGUGAUAUGUGACUGACACAAAUGCUCUGCUUUUGACAGUUGUCAUUGAGACAGACUUCAUUAAAUACAACGGGACAUACGGAGACAAAAUUCAUGGAUCCAUUGAUGCAAAUGUUUCGGAUUACUCCAGUUUUAAUGUGGAGGGUGAAGACUCGACAAAACUCCAGUCAUCUUUUGGCAGCUUGAGAAAAGAAGAAUUGGAUGUUCAGAAACUGCUGCGAGACUCCAAAGGCAGGUUGGUUCCCCGCCUCUGAUGGAGUUGAAAUAAACAACCAUGAACUGUAAACAUCACCUGAUGUACAGAUCUGCAACAGGCUGGAGUGAUCUUUGUCCAACCAUAAAGAUGCAGACAAGACAGGACACUUGGUUGAAUAUUAACACUAUAAACAUUUUAUUUAUGUUAUGGUUCAGGUAGUUUUUAAUUAUCCACACCAGUGUUCAAUGACACAUUUCACUUACAUUUCUGUGAUUCCAUUGCGCCAGGCUCUUGGACAUGUCCCAUGAUCUGGUCCAGCAGACAAUGGAGAAACACAGACAGAUAUUUGGAAUCGUAAAGGAGCGUAUUUUAACCACCCAGCCCAGCUCGGUGAUAGAGGAUGUACAGCAAGGGGGACAGUGUGGAGGAGGAUUAACCCUUUGCAAGCCCAAAGGCCCCAAGGUACAUGAUAUGAUGUUCAACACUGUGUGCAGAUGUUCUGAAUGCUGUUUAUGACUGAUACAGCUGAAAACCCAUGACUAUUAAUCCAGCUGGCUACUCUGAGUCACACAGACAACUAAAGAAACUGUAAACGGAUGUUUAUUUUAGAGGCUGCAAGAAAAAAACUGAUAAAUUUGAAUGAUACACAGUAGCUGCUGAUCUAUAUUGUUGACAUAGACAAAGUAACAAGGAUGCAAAUGAAGUGAACAUAUGUUUCUCAGCGACAGUGGAGUUGCAGAGCCAGUUGAGUUGGAAGAGCAAAAUGAUUGAAGCUCCUAUCAGUGUUUUUUUUAACUGAAAGUUAAACAGACUAAAAUGAAAAAUCGAUGAAAAUAGACUGUUAACAAGAAGUAACUAAGUCUACGGGGUCAUCUUUAAUGUCUGAAUCUGGUGGUAGAAGGUGGUAGACAGAGUAAAUUUAUAAACCAAAAGCUGCUGAUACAGCUGUCUUUAAAGACUCUUGAUGUGUGAUACAUUUGACUUUAAAAAGAGGAAAAGGAUGUACGAUCAGAACAAAAUCAGAAAAAAUAACUUUGUACACAAGGGGCAACAAAAUCCACACACCAAAAGUUCUUCACAGGAGCUCUAAGUAAGGGGUAAUGUACAGUAAGCAGGUGGAUACGCAAAAUCGAAUCCUUAUAUGGGGAUCUGACCAAUUAACAUCAAGUAUUUAGCAAAUUAUGGUGUAGAGCAUGAAAGCCACCUUAUGACAAAAAUAGUGACUUGUUGGUUAUUUAGUUACUGCUGUAACUUAAUACUGUAGGCCUCAGGACUGUAGUUCAGACACAGUGUCACACCUGGGGUCUUCUGUCAAGCAGAGCUGUGAUUGUCUUCAACUAGCUGCACUGAUAUUCAGUGAAAAAGCACAAUCUCAAAUAUGAUGUUGCUCAAUUUCCCUGUGCUGUACUUCCCUCACAAUGAUUUGCAGUUUCCUCACCAGUUAUGCGACUUUUCUGAGAAUGUUUCAGUUCUUUUAGCAGCUGUGAACUAUCACAGUACAUGGAGAAAGUAGAGUAUCAAUAUGUUGAACUCAUUUCAAGUUUUUAAAUCAGAUGGUGGAGUAUAAGUGUCUACAUGUGACUUGUGUAAUUACUGAGUAUCAUCUUAUGUUUGCAGGUUUCAUUGAAGGAGAAUGGGAGCUUGAGCAAAGACAGUAAUGUUACCAUGGAGAUUCCCAUCCUUACUCCCAUCGCCUAUGCCCUCAUAGAACUGGAGAUCAAACAUGAUGGACACUUUGGUGAGGAAUGAUUUUCUAAAAUGAUGAAUUAACCCAGGAGUUCUCUGUUGAUUUGAAAGUAAUAAACACAAACUGCAAUCAAAUAUCUUUUUUUAUGCACAGAGCUGUGUCUGAUGUCGGACACAGACGGAGGUUUUGAAGUAGAUGGCCUUACAGGGGAAGAACUGGUGGCUGUUUCAGGAGCUCCUUUGACUUCUUCUGAGAAUACAAACCUGAGAGAAGGUGAACUACUUUUUUACCCCUCAACUUUUCCUCUCAGCAUCAUGGUUUUAUCAGCUAAGAUGUUCAGAAGAGCCCAUCAAUUUCAUAAUGUUUAAAAAACUUAGGUCUAGUGCAAAAAAAACUUGAUUAUGAUCAUUUUUAAACCAAAAUGUGGCUUGGCUGAUUUACUUUUCUGAGUGUGUUUUUUUUUAAUCUAGUCAAACUUUUACGAAUUUUCACUUUGAUCUACAAUUUCUGUGACCUGCUGCAGGCAAAAGUUGUGUCAGUUGAACGCUAAAGUUUGUACCUUUUGAUUUUUUACCACUGGCAGAGCUGGAGCGGCUGAGUGAUCAUUUCAACCUCCUUUCUACUCUUCCACCCACCACGAGAUCCUCUCUGCUCCAGAACAUCACAAAAGUUAUGGAGCACAAAGAAGCUGUCAGUUCACUUCAGCUUGUGGUAAGAUGGACAGGAAAUGGACUCAAAAGUAGACGUAAGGUUGUUAGAUAAAGUGCUUUUUAUCAGCAUUCAUGUCUACAUGUCCUCCUCUGCCUCAGCUGGAUCAGAUGCGUCAGGAUGGAAGACCUGCCCUGGAUAAAUGUACAGCCACAGACUCGGAUAAACAGAACAUUCAAGCAAUUCUGGACCUUUUGGAAAACUCUGCGGGGGCCGCUCAGGAAAACCAAUCCACCUCUGUCCUGACUGCUCUUCACCUCGUCAUCAGCGCCAUUGAUGGUAAGAAAGUAAAACAGCAUCUAUUUUAACUUAAUCUAAGUGAGAAUCGCUUGAAUUUUUCAAUCUUUUGAGAAAAAAACCUCAAGGUCAAGAGUGUGUGCACAGUAUCUGAAAAUCUUGGUAUCUGGGUUUUUGUCUUUCAGAGAUACCUCAUGAAUAUCAUGCUAGCUUGGGGAUGUGCUCCAAUCACGCGGAGUUACAGAUUCUGGAGGAAAUGGUGAGUCCCUGAGAUGAUUUUAAAAAAAUAUACACAAUUGAUGAAUCUUCUGAAGCAUCACCUCUCUUUAUGUUGCGGUUACACUUGUUUCAGGUGUCCUGCAUGUCACGGAAUGGAGAGUUGAGCAGUGCAGGUCAGGCUGCACUGACAGAGGACAUCUAUGAAAAGACUAGACACCUAUUUGCCUCUGCUGGAGUGUCCCUGAAGAGAGAGGGAGACACUGUGAAGACUGAAAUACACCAACAACCAGGACACCAUACUCUGGCUUUGUGCGUUGCCAUCAAAGGUCUUGCCUCAUUAGCCAAAGAAGGUUAAACUUAAGACUAUUUUAAUCUUUGUUUUUGUUUUAUUGUACAAUGAAAACGUUGUCCUGUUCCUUUGCUGAAGCACCUUAAGAUAAGAAGGUCAGUCAAUUGGCAAACACUGACCAGUGACAUUUGUGACAGGUUUCAUCAGGUCAAGACAUGGUAUUUGGAGAAAAUCAUAAUCUAAAACAGCCGUAUAUUGAUCAGCUUUGUACAGUGUAUCACUCUACAAGCUCUUUAAACAAUCCAUAUUUUGAAUCUGAGAAUCUUCUGUUUAUGCCAAAAUAUGUCAGCAUUUACUGUCAGUGUGUACCAACUUCAUCAGAACUGAUGUUUAAAGUAUUUUUUUAACACUUCUUUUAAUUGUUCAGCAUAAACAUUCCAAAUGAAUGGCCCCUGGUACUCUUUUGGGGUAAUGCCAAAGAAGUAAAUGUACCAAAUAUUCCACUGAUUGAUUGUUUGAUAGCCUUACUUUAUAUUAUUGCAUUUGUCAGUGUUAUAAUAUUUUACUAAAACUGUCUUUAACAAAUGUUAGUCUUAGAGGGAAACCUAAUUCUCAUGCUAUGGGUUACCGUCCGUUUACCUUCACUGACUUAAUACGUUUUUCUCUGACAGUCUUUGUUUUUCUCUGUCAGAUCCAUUUAUCAGUACUUUUUUUAAUUUUGUACAACACUUACACAAAACCACAAUCUUUAAAUUAAUUGAUGUUUUUCCUUCAACAACAAACCUCAUAGCAAAAAAACUGAAGUAGGCCUUUUAAUGCAAUUUGAUAGCAUGUUGUCACAUCUUAGCCUUUGUAGUCGAGUAGUUUCUGGUUUUAUAUUUUGAUAAAGUUGGAUACAAAAGUGCUAACAAGAGAAAAUGUUUUACCUCGGCACUUUUAUCUGUAUCUGUUUUGUAUGUUUGCCUGAAUGGUACAAAAAUAAAAGAUACAGUUUGUAAAA